AUGAAACCCGCCGGCCGCGAUGAACACAGCAGCGACAAACCCCAGGGCCCGGGGAUUCCGCGAGCCGGCCCUGAGCGCGCCGCGACCCGACCAGUAGGUCCGCCGCGCGCCGCUAGGCGGCGCUCGUCGGGCACAUACUCGCAGGUUCUACAAGAAUUGAUCCGGCCGAUGACGCCACAGGAGGCAAGCGCCACAUGGCAGCGCCUGCUGGCCGGGAACGGGGCGCAGGAAGCUCCCCCAGCCAGGAAACCGCCGGUACACGCAUCCGCACGGCGACCGGUGCCCCGAGUGGGGACCUCUAUCCAGAGGUCCCGCGACGCCGGCGAACGGAAACUGCUGGCCCUGGCCGGCCAGGCCACCGGCAAACGACCGCCGGCCACACCGCCGACCAGUGCUCACCCGGGUCCCAGAGUUGUCAAGGAGGAGACGCCGACCCGUAGGGUGAUUUUACUGCCACCGCCAGUGCGCCACGCACCACCAGCCGCCCGGUCCAACCUCGCCUGGGUGAGGACCGCUGCCCCCCCUACCACGCCACCGGCACCUCCACCAGCGCCACCAGCGGCGACGGGCCGGGGAGGCGUCCCCCGAUCCGUCCAGAGUCGGAAGGCGUUCCUGAACGAGCUGUUCGGGAGCGACUCGGCGGGGAGCAGCCGAGAAACAUCUCCAACAACGAGGCCACGAGAUGGACCAGGGCCCCCUCGACCUUCUCCCCCCCACCAGCAAGGGGGGAAGCCCGGAACCCCGGGUCCUCGUCGAGAGGUGACCUUACCAGACGGUACCCGGGUGACGGUACCUCUCACCGCCACCUUGCGCCAGCGGGCCUACUGGGUCCACGUCGGCAGCACCCGGUGGAUCCUCCAUUUCAAGGAAGAAGCUCUUGUCCGGGCACGACGAGCCGGGCCCAAUACUAGCGAGGGGGUGAUGUAA